AUGGUAGAGCCGAUACAGCAACAUGGCGAGAGGAGCGCGAGCCCAGUCAAGGACAACCCGAGGGAACGUAGCCGCAGUCCAAAGCGGGACAGAGGCGCCGACGUUCCGCGACAGGUCUCGGUUUCCGUCACUGGGAAUGGAGUUGCCAGCCGCUCGAGCCCGACUCUGUCGCUGGAGCCGGCCAAGAUAACGGAGCAGGUCCGCAAGGUCUUGGGCGAGGAUUGCGACUCCUUGCCGGUGAUAGUCGGCAUUGUGUGUGCCCAACUGGCUUCAAAGCAGGCCUUGGAUAUACAAACCGUGAGCCAGCAGAUUGUACCUCACCUACCAUCGGAGAAGCAAAGCCAGCUAAAGGACUUACUCUCCUGGCUGGAAGAGGCUUCAGAGGCAGCAAAGUCUGACCCAAGACUCAGCCAGGCUCCGAACAAUUUUCAGGAGGGCGAUGCGGUCACUUUGCAUGGCUUGGAAAAGAGGCCUGACCUCAACGGUUGCACCGCAGAGGUGCUCAGAGUUGCAGAUCCCUCACAGCCUGGACGAAUCGUCCUGAAGCUGGAGAGCGGAAGUCAGAUUGCAAUCCGGCCCCAGAACCUUCAGCACGUGCAGCUUGAGGGCUCUGCGGAAGCAAGCGAGAAGCCAUCCGAUAGACAGGACGAGGCUCCCACGCCGAAGAAGCCCCAGCCGAACUCUGGGAGCUCCAGCUAUUCAGGCCCGGACCCGUCAGCCAGCAAAGUCUUCGGUUCGGCCUUCGAAAGGCUGAAGGCGAAGGCUGAGGCCGAGGCUCGGGGAGAGCUGCCCGCGGAUCGGCGGAAGAAGGCAAAGACUGAGCUGGACACUCGCGGCGCAAUUGGGAGCUCGCAACCAGCCGGCCAAGCCAGGCGGGAGCUCAUCAUGGGCACAGAGCCCAAGGAAUCUCAGACCGAGGUUGCAGAGGAGCCUCCAAAGCGUGAGCCCAUCAAUUUCGUGCCGGCAGAGGAGAAGACACUAAUGCCCAGCCGCAAAGUGGCGCGAGCCUUAGCAGUCGUUGACAGAAAGGAGCGAUCGAUGGUGGUCAUGAAGUGGGAACUCCUGGGGUUGUCCGACCUCGCAAAUCGGUCCAGGACAAUGGGUCAUCCUGGCAAGGCUCAGCGAGAGCUCGCAGAAAAGCGCAAGGCCAUGGAAGAAGGAAAGAGGCAUAUGCUGGCAAAGCUUACAAAGCAGAUGCAGUUGUGCCUGGCCAAGCUACAGAAUCCAGACUUGGACGACAACGCGAAGGAGAAGUACCAAGACAUGAUCACCUCGCUGAAAACGAACAUGUCCAAAUUAGGAAACGUGUAG